UCACUUCGUAACAGACUACUUUACACGGACGCCUCGUAAGCUGAACGCGUUCCGGUCCUUCGCCAGCGUGGAGCUGUUCCACUUCAGUGUUCCUGAAGACACUGUGGUGGCUGUAUGGAACCUCAUCACCUUCAAGGAACAGGGAGGAACCUUCGGUGACAGCUGUCCCGACCGCAACGUCACAGUGUACUUCAGAGCAGGAGCCCCUCCCGUCAUCAACCCCCUCCACACGCGAUUCCCACAGGAUACCAUCGUCCCAGGGUCCUUUGCAGUCACUCUCACAUGGACUCUACCAAACCGCACCACAGGGGUGUUCAAUGUGACCUCACCCCUCCCCGGGGACUGGUUCCUGGCUGCACACCUGCCCAAGGAUGAGGGAAAGAUCUCUGUCAAGGGUCUGUAUGAGGAGUGUCAGUAUCUCUUCCAGCCCCAGCUCAUCGUUCAGAGGCUGAUAGGGAUCUCUGUUCUCUAUCCUGGUUACUUCAUAGAACAGAUGGUUCCUGCCCACAACAGAUCUGUGCUCUACAAAGUGUUCAUCCCCAGUUACGUGUCCAGUGUAAAAGUCCAACUGGCUAACUGCAGCACACACCCCAGAGACCAACCAUCCAGGGGACAGACGCGAGACAGAGACAGUACUGGAGACAGCUGUUCUGUUGUCUUAAAGAUCCGAGCCAGGGCUCCUCCAGUCCACAACUCAUCAGCUCUGGACUGCAGGGAGUGGUCACCGUGUGAGCUUGACACACCCCUUCCUGCCUGGGAACACUGGUACUAUAUCCUGGUGGAGCGUUACCUAAGCAACCAGGACGUAUACUUCCGCAUCGGUGUGCAGGUCACAGAUUGCUCCAAAUCCAGCGCCUCUAAGGGUUCCCCCUCCAGCUCCUCUUCUGGCCCCAGCUCUAAUCUCAACCUGCCGCAGUCCUUUGGCAGUGCUAUGGGCUUCUCUCUCUCUGAGACGCUCCCCUCCACCCCUGCCGGCCUCCCGGGCCUCCCCAGCCACGCCCAGAACUCCUCCUCUUUGGACCCCGCUGGAUCCCUUCUCUCCCCACAGGACAGUAUAACCCAUAUGGCUCCCAGCUCCGACCCCCACAGGUGCUGGCCCAUCCGGCCCACCCUGAGGAAUGAGCUGGACACCUUCUCCGUCCACUUCUACAUCUUCUUUGGUCCGAACAUCUCUGUUCCUCCGGACAGGGCUGCUGUGUUCUCCAUUAACCUCAUGCCUGUCCUGGACAGUGGAGGAGUCCUGAAUAUGGAACUCAAACUCAACUUGUCUUCGUUGAGAGGAGAGAACAUCACGGUGUUUGGCUGUCUGAACCACGGCAUGCCCCUGUCCCUGAAAGACAACUCCUCUGUCAAAUGUGAAUCAGAUUCCGUAUCAGGCUUCCUGUUGUCAGUAAACUCCAGCUCCAACAUCACUAAACUGAGGAUCCCCUACCCCCAGACUGGCACCUGGUACCUCAGCCUGAGAUCCCUCUGUGCCACCGAACAUGGGUUUGAGCCAUGUUCCAACAUGACAGCGGAGGUGUACCUGCGCUCCUACCUGACCCCCUGCAUCAAUGACUGUGGGACCUACGGACAGUGCAAACUGCUACGCACUAACAACUAUCUGUACGCUGCAUGCGAGUGCAAAGCAGGCUGGGACGGCUGGGGCUGUACAGACCCCUCGGAGGCGUAUUCCUAUAGUUUCCAGCUCCUGUCCACCUUGCUGCUCUGUCUCAGUAACCUGAUGUUCGUUCCUCCUGUGGUGAUCGCUGUCCGUGGCCACUACCUUCUGGAGGCCUCUGUAUACAUCUUCACCAUGUUCUUUUCUACUUUCUACCAUGCGUGUGACCAGCCUGGUAUCGUGGUGUUUUGUAUCAUGGAAUACGAUGUUCUCCAGUUCUGUGACUUUCUGGGUUCCCUCAUGUCUGUCUGGGUCACCGUCAUCUCUAUGGCCCGGCUCAAGUCUAUCAUUAAACAGGUGCUGUAUUUACUCGGGGCCAUGACUCUCUCCAUGGCUCUCCAGUUGGACCGUCACGGCCUGUGGAACCUCCUGGGACCGUCCCUCUUCGCCCUGGGCAUCAUGGCUGUAGCCUGGACGGUGCGUACAGUGCGACGGCGGCGAUGUUACCCUCCGACCUGGAAGCGCUGGGCGUUCUUUCUGUUCCCGGGGACGAUGAUAGCGGUUUCAGCCGUGGCGCUCUAUGCGUUCGUGGAGACAGAGGACAACUACUUCUACAUACACUCUAUCUGGCACAUGCUGAUCGCCGGCAGCGUGGGCUUCCUGCUCCCUCCCCGCGCCAAGCCCCGCACCAAGCUCACACCUCUGAAACGUCGGAGGGGGUGUGGCUACCAGCUGUGCGUCAACGAGCACGAGGAGAUGGGAUUGGUGGACCCGGUCCCUGCCAUAGUUGCUAUCAAUAGUAUUAGUAUCAGCUGAUACCUGAGAUCACUAACUCUGACUGACUGUACCAGCUGAAGAGUGGUUCUAGCACCUACUGACUGACAGUACCAGCUAGACACGGGAUCUAGCACCUAUUGACUGACUGUACCAGCUGAGGAAAGGAUCUAGCACCUACUGACUGACUGUACCAGAUGGACACGGGAUCUAGCACCUAUUGACUGACUUUACCAGCUGGACACGGGAUCUAGCACCUACGGACUGACUGUACCAGCAGGACACGGGAUAUAACAUCUACUGACUGACUGACUGUACCGGCUGGAAGUAGGAUAUAGCACCUACUGACUGACUGACUGUACCAGCUGGAUGUGGGAUCUAGCACCUACUGACUGACUGACUGUACCAGCAGGACAUGGGAUAUAACAUCUACUGACUGACUGACUGUACCGGCUGGAAGUAGGAUAUAGCACCUACUGACUGACUGACUGUACCAGCUGGAUGUGGGAUCUAGCACCUACUGACUGACUGACUGUACCAGCUGGAUGUGGGAUCUAGCACCUACUGACUGACUUACUGUACCAGCUGGACAUUGGAUCUAGCACCUACUGACUGACUGUACUAGCUGGACAUGGGAUAUAACAUCUACUGACUGACUGACUGACUGUACCAGCUGGAUGUGGGAUAUAACACCUACUAACUGACUGUACCAGCUGGACAUGGGAUAUAGCACCUACUGACUGACUGACUGUACCAGCUGGAGGCGGGAUCUAGCAGCUACUGACUGACUGUACCAGCUGGACUUGGGAUAUAACACCUACUGACUGACUCUUCCAACUGAGGAUGGGAUCUAUCACGUACUGACUGAGUGUACCAGCCGAGGAUGGGAUCUAGCCCUAACUCUGACUGACUGUACCAGCUGAGGACAGGGUCUAGCACGUACUGACUGACUGUGCCAGCUGAUUAUAUCAAUGACUGACUGUACCAGGUGAUUAACUCACUGACUGACUGUACUAGCUGAUUAACUCACUGACUGACUGUACCAGCUGAUUAAAUCACUUACUGACUGUACCAGCUGAUUAAAUCACUUACUGACUGUACCAGCUGAUUACAUAACUGACCGACUCUACCAGCUGGCACAGCGGUGGGAUCUAACACCUACUAACUGUCUCACUGACGGACUUUCUGACCGACUGUCUGACUGAUUAGCUGGCUGACUGGCUAGGCUGACUGGCUAGGCUGACUGGCUGGCUGACUGGCUGACUGACUGGCUGGCUGACUUCCUGACUGAUUGGCUGGCUGGCUGACUGACUGACUGGCUGGCUGACUGACUGGCUGGCUGACUGGCUGGCUGACUGAUUGGCUGGCUGGCUGGCUGACUGGCUGGCUGACUGUCCUUCCAUUGCCUUCUCUCCCCGGGGAUUCAGACGGGAAAACAAAGCCAGAGAACUUGAACCAACUGUAAUGUAACUAGUUAAAGCAGGCGACACACUUGAGUCUGUCUGUCUGUCUGUCUGUCUGUCUGUCUGUUAAAGUCAUGAUUAUUCAAUACCACCAUAAUUAUAUUAUUCUAUUGAUAUUGUUGGGGUUGUGAACGUACAGUACAGUAAGAGACUAUUGUUUGUGGAUACUGUACUUUUUAAAGACGAAGCUGAGAACACUGCUGCUACCUGACGGUGACUGUAACAUUAGGUCUGUACGGUGCCCAUAUUAGGACAGCGUCAGCAGGCGUUAUUAGGUCCUGGUCAGACUGAGGAUGUCCUAAUACAGACACCAUAGGUGUGUUAUUUAAUGAUGGUCUGCAUUCCAAAUGGCACCUUGUUCCCUUUGUAGCAGUACUAUUGUUGACCAGGGCCUACGGCGUUGACCAGGGCCUACGGCGUUGACCAGGGCCUACGGCGUUGACCAGGGCCUACGGCGUUGACCAGGGCCUACGGCGUUGACCAGGGCCUACGGCGUUGACCAGGGCCUACGGCGUUGACCAGGGCCUACGGCGUUGACCAGGGCCUACGGCGUUGACCAGGGCCUACGGUGUUGACCAGGGCCUACGGUGUUGACCAUGUCCUAUGGCUGCUGGUGUUGACCAGGUCCUACGGCUGCUGGUGUUGACCAGGUACUACGGCUGCUGGUGUUGACCAGGUCCUACGGCUGCUGGUGUUGACCAGGUCCUACGGCUGCUGGUCAACAUAGUGUACUCUAUGGGGAACAGGAGGCAUUUGGAACACAGCCCCUAUUGAAGACCUUUCUAGCUAUGUUGAUUCGUUCUGUUGUUUGUGCACGGAAAUGGAAUUAAAUACAACAAGGGCACGUUUUUGUUAUUUUUCAACAUAAUCUAUUUUGCACUGAGACACAAAAAUGUGAUAAUACUGUACAUUUUGUUUUUAGAUGCGUGUAUAAAGCCUUACCAGUGCCACAUAGUUCAAAUGUAUACAAUAUUGUUGUACUGUGGAAUGUUAAUAGUCUUUUGGAUUGCAAUGUAUCGCCUUUACACACAGUCUGCUGGUUGUCAACACUACAGGCCAUAAAGGAGGGGCAUCUGCUUGCCAUAGAUCUGUGGUAAGGCCAUAGAGGGAAGCUGAAUGCCAUAGAUCUGUGGUAAGGCCAUAGAGGGAAGCUGCCUGCCAUAGAUCUGUAGUAAGGCCAUAGAGGGAAGCUGCAUGCCAUAGAUCUGUAGUAAGGCCAUAGAGGGAAGCUGACUGCCAUAGAUCUGUAGUAAGGCCAUAGAGGGAAGCUGACUGCCAUAGAUCUGUGGUAAGGCCAUAGAGGGAAGCUGCCUGCCAUAGAUCUGUAGUAAGGCCAUAGAGGGAAGCUGACUGCCAUAGAUCUGUAGUAAGGCCAUAGAGGGAAGCUGCCUGCCAUAGAUCUGUAGUAAGGCCAUAGAGGGAAGCUGCCUGCCAUAGAUCUGUAGUAAGGCCAUAGAGCUAUAAGCCACAUACAGAGAACAGACAGUACAGGCCAUAAUAUACAGAAGAGCAAUUGAAUGUUUGUAGCUACGUGAAUGCCGUAGAGCUGUAGUAAGGCCAUAUAAAGGGGCAGGUGAUUGUACAUGUAGCUACAGUAUGGCCAUGAAUGUUGCUACAGUUAGAGUUUAGGCCAUAGAGUUACAGUAAUGCUAGAUGUGUUAUAUUCAUUACAGCUACAGCAGAGAGACAAGUUUGACCAUACUUACAGAGAGAGGCAGCUGUAUGCUACAGAAGGCCAACAGGUUUAUACCAGAGAUAGAGUAUUGACCAUAGUUACAGAGAGAGGCAGCUGUAUGCUACAGAAGGCCAACAGGUUUAUACCAGAGAUAGAGUAGUGACCAUACUUACAGAGAGAGGCAGCUGGAUGCUACAGAAGGCCAACAGGUUUAUACCAGAGAUAGAGUAUUGACCAUAGUUACAGAGAGAGGCAGCUGGAUGCUACAGAAGGCCAACAGGUUUAUACCAGAGACAUCACAAUAAGACCUCAAACCUCCUGUUAUUACAGUCAGGACCUGUUCCUCACCGGAACAGAGAAUUCACUCUAAAUAAAUGUUUCUUUUUUCUGUACUCAA